UGUAAAGUCGCCAGGAGCCUCAUGUCCAACCCUGAGGCCUGGGUGGACACAACCAGGGGUGGCUGCUGGGCCGGCUCGGGUAACGGCCAGGGCUGGCGUUAUCUGGACUGUACAAAUGAUAAAUAUGUGAAGUCGCCAGGAGCCGCAUGUCCAACCUCGGGGCCUGGGUGGACGCGUCUGGGAUAGUUGCUGGGUCGGCACAGGUCACGGCCGGGGCAGGCAUCCGGAAGACAAAGCGGUGAGGGCUGACCUCACUCCCACGUGGUGAUAGCCGAGGCGGCCAGAGGCUGGCGUCAGGUCCAAGGGGAAGGGCGCGCCAUGAAAUAUGGGCGGAAAGUGUGUGGCCGUGUGUCCCCACACUAGCACAGGCGACGCACAGCGAGGAAUGCCUGUAAUGCAUCACAUUUCCGCAAGAGUGAACAUACAAAAAAGUUGCAAAGAGUAACGUGAUGAGGCUUCUCUGCCGCGCCAUCCUCCUUGCCCGGGGCGUGAAGGGGAGGCCGAGGACGCGACUUUCGGCCUUCAGUAGUGGGCGGCGUUUCCCGCCCCGAGGCUCACCUGACGUCAACGAGGCGGUGGCACAUCCCAGUAUAUAAGGUGACGCGUUCCCCUCGGUCCUGAGAUCUUACCACCCAUAGUCGCCAUGGCUCUCAAGGUUGUCCUGCUGUCAGCCCUCGCGGCCGCCACUCUUGCCCGCCCCGACAUCCCUCCACCCUCUUAUGGCGCUCCCGCUCCCUCCUAUCACGCUCCGGCGCCCUCCUACCACGCUCCUGCCCCUGAGGCGCCGCCCAAGUAUGACUACAACUACGCCGUCAAGGACGAGUACUCUGGCAACGACUUCGGUGCCCAGGAGGCGCGCGACGGCUACGACACCCAGGGAUCCUACUACGUGCAGCUGCCCGACGGCCGCCUGCAGAGGGUCACCUACACCGUCAACGGCGACUCAGGCUUCGUGGCCGAGGUGACCUACGAGGGCGAAGCCCAGUACCCCCAGGAGAGCUACGCCCCCGCCCCGAAGCCCUCCUACGUCCCAGUCCCAGCGCCCUCCUAUGUCCCCGCCCCAGCCUAUCAGUAAUGCCCGACGACCCUCCCGGCACUCCCAUGCCAUGGCUAUUUAUUAAACUCGACAUAACCUCCACAUGUUUCUUUGCUGUCCACGCAGAGUGACGGGCGUCCUUUGAAGCCACAUAGCAAACCUAACU